AUGCAAGAAAUGUGGGUGAUGAGCAAAGAGAUUACGACCGACGAUCGAGAGGAUGGCCAACCGAGGUACCGACCUGUUACCGGUGCGGACAAGCGGGUCACAUCCAAAUUGGCUGCAGAAACCCCCCACUACGCGACGAAAGGUCGACGGGAAACGAACGAGGACCUCUGCCAAGGGGCAACCAGAGGUUCUAAACGCGAAUAUAAAUGCCCCUCAUCUCGAAAAAUCGGCAUAUGUUUCAAAAGAACUUAUUGGGGAUGCCACAGAGGCAGUUGCUUUUGUCAUGCUUGUCUUGCAUUGCUAGACACAGGUAGCCAAGUUACUUCAAUUGCGAAGUCAUUUUACGACAGACAUUUAUUUAACCAACCUAUUGAACCUAUCGAGAACAUAGUUCGUGUUGUUGGAGCUGGUGGACAAGAGGUUCCAUUUCUUGGAUAUGUUACCAUACAUGUCAGUUUUCCUGAAAACGAUGUCGGGAUUCGGGGUACUUUAACAACCCUUGCACUAGUUGUGCCCAAUAACAGCUAUAAUCAGAGAGUGCCAGUUAUAAUCGGAACUAACUUAGUGAAACAAUGCAGGAAUGCAUGUCAACAAAUAGCGGGCCAGAACUUCCUGCAAACUGCCAAAGUUUCAUCUGCUUGGAAACGAGUAUACCAAUUCGUCCAGUCACAGGAUCGAUUUCUUCAGCGACAAGACAGCUUUGGCGCAAAGGUAAAAUCAACGAGUCGUCAUCCAACCACUAUAGCUGCACAUGAAACGAAGAUACUUAUUGGGUUGGCAAACAGUUGUCUAGGAUCAUUAACCCAAGUUGUUGUGGAAACCAGUACGAGAUCUGAUCAAGUAGCUGGAAUAGUUGUUACCCCAGGACUUGUUACGGUAGGUCCGCAUAAGUCGUCUUGCAGAGUACCAGUAGAGAUAACUAACAACUCUGACCAUACAGUUGUCAUUCCAGCAAAGGCUGUUCUGGCAUCACUGAAGAUCGCUAAAGAUGUAAUCACUCCUACGGCCACUGAAGACACUGCUACAACAAACUGCAAUGAUGAUUUCAGCAAUUUAUUUGAUUUAGAGGCAACAAAUUUAAAUGCCGGGCAGAAGAGAAGAACAAUGGAUAUGUUAAAGAAGGUGUCAUAUGUGUUUGCGAGGGAUCAGAAUGACCUGGGUUGUGCUCCAGAUGUUGAGCAUGAGAUACACUUGAGUGAUAGUAUCCCAGCACGGCAACCAUGUAGACGAGUACCACCAGGGCAACUCGAAGAAUUUAAAGAAUCUAUCGAGCAGAUGCUAUCAUCCGGAGUAAUUAGGGAAUCAAAGAGUCCAUACGCGUCACCAGCUGUAUUAGUUCGUAAAAAAGACGGUGGUCUCCGAGUGUGCAUUGAUUUUAGAAAGAUAAAUUCUAAGACGAUUAGAGAUGCCUAUCCUCUCCCUCGUAUUUCUGAUACCUUGGAAGCCCUGGAGGGUGCUCGUUGGUUUUGUUCCUUAGAUCUUCAAAGUGGUUAA